UGAGGAGUGGGGUGAUGAUGCCACUGGCAGAAGCAGGCGCCCUGGCCCAAGGAGGAGGCCCUUCAGCGACGGAGUGGGCCUGCAUUCUGCGGAGGAAGACCCCCAGGCACAAGCAGCCCACCUUACUGAUGGUCAGAGCAUCCAGAAGAAGUGGCGAGACUUCAGCUGUCCUCAAAGCAGGAAGACAGAGUGUUUCUGGCAGAAAGAACAGCACAAGCAAAGAUCUGGGAACCCUAGGUGACUCCAGUUUGAGGGAGGAGAGAGGACACCCCCCCCACCCCAGACAUGGGAAAGCAGUCCACCUGCGCACCAGGAGCAGGACACGUGCCUGGGUGCAGACGCCGGUGAUGUCGCGGAGGACUCGCGGGCCGGUAGAGCGCGCGGAGGCGGCGGGAGGAGACGCAGGUCACGCCCCCUUCCCACCGCCUCCCGCCGCCGACGGCGCGCGCGCGCCGAAGAGCCCGGGACAGGUGACUCCUUGGGGACUGCGUCUGCGCCUCCCCCGGCGGGAGUCCCUUCUUCGCGGCCUCUGCCGCCCCCUGCGUCCCCUCCUGGGCUUCCGAGAGUCUGACUCAGCCAAGCCGGCAUCGCUUCGCCUCCUACAACACACCCCGAGCGCGAGAAGAAAUUACAGGAUUGCAGGGGCACGGCUAAUGUGCUCUAAUUACCCACCGCCGCUGUCAUCCGCGGCGCUCCUCGGCACUGGGCCAACGCGCCGUAACAAGGACGCCGCUCCCCGGUCCCGGAACCCUCCCUUCGCCACCCCCCACCCACCCACCUCGCGGUCCCCAGGACCACUGGCUGCCGACUCCUGCCGCCCUCCGGGACUGCUCCUCAGUCCCAGGAGAGCUAUGAGGCCUCAUUGCGGGGCAGAACUUAGGGAGACCGAAGCGGGCCCCUCCACUCCCCUAAACCUACAGUCCUCGAAGGUCUCUGCUGGAAGAGACUGGGAGAGUGGGGAGGGGCCAGGGACCUAUUUCGUUGACAGAAACACUGAGAUCUAUUGGAAAGUUAGCCUUCAGUGGAAGGAGUGGCAAAGGCACGCAGGGCAGCAGUACCCUCCACGACGGACUCCCUCCCCUGGCGGGAAAAUUACCUUCCUGCGAAGAAAGGUGACAUCCCCGCCACAGACACGGAGGCCCCGCCCGCUGGCCAGCUGUGGCCUGCUGGUCAUAGAGCUGGUGAGGAGUGAGGUGGCUCUGGCCUCCCAUGUCGGACUGGGGCUCCCCGAGUCAGAGCUGGGGCUCCCCUCAGACUGGGGCUCCCUGGGUCAGGGCUGUGUCUCCCCUUAG